CUUUGAAGAACGCUCCCGGUCACCGUGUUACACCUCGCACGUUAGCUACUUCACUUCUCCGGCCGCCGGCUCUGCAGGACACCUCAAUACUCGCCACACAGUAGCGCAAACCCCCUGCACGUACACAAGGUAGAAACCCCAGCAAUGCGCAGGAAACGCCGAGCGCUUGCGGGCCUGGGCCCUGGCAGGCUUUCUGAGACAGGCUCCUGUCGCAUGAGAUAGCGGGCAACUGCGUUCGUAAGGCUCCUCGGAGAAGAGCCGGGGGUCAGCCGCAGCGCUUCAUGGCUACAGCAUCGCGUCAGCUCUACUUCUGAAGUUUCCUGGAGCGCUGUGGCCCCUCCCUCCGCAGAAUGGACCCUGUCGUUCUCAGUUACAUGGACAGUUUGCUAAGGCAGUCAGAUGUUGCCUUGCUGGACCCCCCAAGCUGGCUUAACGAUCACAUCAUUGGGUUUGCCUUCGAGUACUUUGCCAGUGACCAGUUCCAAGAAUUUUCUGAUCAGGUGUGUUUUAUUGGUCCCGAAGUGGCUCAGUUCAUUAAAUGUGCCACUAGUCAGGAAGAAGUGGCCAUGUUCCUUCAACCACUAGACCUUCUCCACAAGGAGCUGGUGUUCUUGCCUGUCAAUGAUAACUCCAACCAGGCUGCUGGAGGCACCCACUGGAGCUUACUGGUUUACUUUAGGGACAAAAAGUACUUCGCCCAUUAUGAUUCCCACAGUAAGAGCAACUCUGUCCAUGCCAAGCAAGUGGCAGGGAAGCUGGAGGCCUUCUUGGGCAAAAAAGGGGGCAAAGCAACCUUCAUAGAGGAGAAAGCGCCUGCCCAGCAGAACAGCUAUGACUGUGGGAUGUAUGUGAUUUGUAACGCAGAGGCUCUGUGUCAGGGAUACUUCAGGGGACGUCAGGAGCCUUUGCUGCAGCUCCUCACCCCUUCCUACAUCACGCAGAAGAGAGCAGAGUGGAAAGCCCUCAUUACUAAACUUGCACAGAAGUGACCUGGCUGCAGUCCCCACCCCAGCCCUGAACGAUUGCCUUUCCUGUCCGCAAGUCAGCACCCCCAGUGCCUGAGGGAGAUGCCCAUGCCCAGGAUUUUCCCAAAGAAGAAUGUAACCCCUCCAGCAUGGCUACACCCCUGCAAGUAUCCUCCUUGGAAAGCCUUAGUCUCCUCUAGAAAUCACUGGCCUUUGAACUUCGGGCCAGUAAAGUCACUUUGCCCUCAAUGAAAUCUUCCUCUCAAAGGUGAUUUUUACACUUCUUGCUGUGGCAAAAUGGAUUGCUAAAGAUCCUUCUCCACCUCUGCCCAGCAGGCAACACACCCUCACAUUAGGUGGGGCUUUAAUUUGCUGUGGGCAUUGCUGAACUAAACCAGGUUUGGCCAAGUCCUUUAAAACCAAGCCCCAAAUGCUUUAUAAUGGACAUUUCUAGUCUGUGCCUAAUGGUAUUGUGAACAUAUAGGAUUUAGCAGCGAGGCGGGAGUCACAGCUGAAAAUUUGAUGCCGAGCUAUUUAUAAAAAAACAAUGAGAAUCAAAAAGGAAGGUUAUGCUUAAUUAAAGAAUGGGGCAAAAAUCUUUCUUCUUCACGUAGGUUUUUCUAGGCUGUAUGAAGGUAGCUCUUCCUUCCCCACCCCUGCUUGCUCUUAUUACAAAUUAAAGUCCGACUCUCUGAACCAGUGGAAGAUUUAAUGGGGAACUGGGAAAACAAACCCUAAGAAGGGAAACUUAAUUGAGAUGGAAAGUGACAUUCAUUCUUUGAAGUUUUUUUCAUUACAAUUUUAGGUCAUCUCCAUUCUGAUGUGGGGGGAGGUGUUCCUCAGCAUUCCCCAACUCUCGUUAUCAUUUGCUACGCUUAGAAUAUAUGAGACAGUUGCUGCUUCCCCUAGCGCAAAAACAGAUCUUAUAUUCUGAAGAUGAAAAACAUACCAAGGAGAACAAAGAAACAGAAUUUGAGGUAUAAAAGCCAAAGAUAACUGCAGUAUCCUUGAAGCUCAAAUGUUAGUCCUGAAUAUACUUGUCUGCCUCAUGAUUGGCCUAUUCAAAACAUACUUUUCCUCCAGUGCUGGAUUAUGGCUGGGAUCUAAGAGCCGAUCCUCUUUUCAGAAGACAGGAUUGGCAGUGGAAAAAAAUGAGAUGUCAUUGCAGGAUAAGAAAUAAUCUAUAACCUCACGAGAGACAAGGAGCCAGUUGCUUAGGCGGUGUCUAGCAGAAUAACCACACCUCUGUAUGCCAACCAGAUCAGUGAAAUGCAGGUUAAAAAUAACUCUCAAAAAGACGGAGGAAUUAUUUUUAACCUGGAUCUCUUCACUGAUCCCACUUACAGCCCAGCCCCACAAAUGUUUGUACCAGCACAACAAAGAGGAUGGCCAACUGUAGCGUGGGGCAGGAAUGUCCCAAAUUUGCCUUGUUGCUAAGGGAAAGGUAAGUAGCUGAAGCCUCGCAGACCCUUCCAAAACGCCCAAGCAAAGGCACACGGACUCAUGGUGCGGGGAAACAAGGGUCAGCGUCAUUGCUGCCCUUCCUGGACCCCCCCAGAAGGAGCAGCCGGGGAUCCAGGGCUCCCCCAGAGCUACUGGCCCUCCAGCCUUUCAGCUCCGUGGACGAUCGUUCCCACUGGUCUGAUCGAGCUGAAAAACCUGACCGUUGUCUGAAAUAAGAUCCAAUCACUUGCUAAAGGGGAUUGCCUUCUGAGUGGGGGGGCCUGUAUGGCUUAGCCAGAGCAGCUCAUGCGCUUCACUGCUGUUAAGGAGGUGGCUUUGCUCCCGGUUCCUCCGGAUUGGGCAUGCUCUUACCGAGGUGUAACACAGCCGCACCCCCUCUGUUUGCCCUGAGGCACUGAAAUGCAGACAAUCACUUGUAGUAGACGUUGCAGAUUAGCUGUUCAUUUAUACAAACAAAUACUUCUGUCGGUGGUGUGAUAGCAUUAACUCCCGCCUCCUCCCUUCCCCCCCAAGAGGGACAACACGCUUAUCCAUCCGGAGUUGCUAUGAUGGUGUCGAGCAGGAGAAGGGGAUGAAGGAGUAAUUCCUUCGGGGUCCCCUUCUUCCCAGUGACACCUGUUGCCUAGAACUGAGAAUAAAACUUAAACCAAACCACUUA